UCAGUCAUUAAAUAAAAAAAAACCACAUAGAUUAAAGUCUCACGGAGUCUUUCACACAAAAAUCAUAUAAAAUCUCCUUACCUCACUACCGGCCCAAGCAAAAAAAAUCCCCAAAUCUAUCUCACUGUCUCCAGAAAAAUCGAGCUCCUCCCAAAUCUUGCCUCCCUAGCAAUUGUCUUGCUCGGAUCUGGUCGCAUCGGAAGGAGCCACGCACCCGUUCUUUCCGUUGCUCCCAGCCCAAGGAAAAAAAAAAUCCUCAAGUCUAUCUCACUGCCUCCAGAAAAAUCGAGCUCCUCCCAAAUCUUGCCUCCUAGCAAUUGUCUUGCUCGGAUCUGGUCGCAUUGGAAGGAGCCGAAGCACUAGGAGCAGGUGCCCAGGCCGAGAGCAGUGACGCCAGGAUGUGGUCGGCAGCGAGCGACGCAAGACGAGCCCCAAGUCACGAGCGUUUCGGCUGCUCCGUUUCGCCUGCGAGGACCUCGACCACGCGUCUCGUCGAGCACUCCGCAACGAGGUGAUGAAUUCCGCGGAGAGGGUCGACUGCAGGUGGCCGCUCCGGGCGCUGCCUCUCCUCCGCGGCUCCACAUGGCGCUGGCCCUCCUCGCGCUGGGACCUCAAUCCCGGGCCAUCGAGGUGAGAGGCAGUUGGGACGUCAGCAGGCAAAAUAAUUUUUUUAUUGAGUUUGAACCGGCGCAGUUACUUUCCUGGCUGCCAGUUUUUCCGUCUUCGGCAUCACUUCCACUACACACUGUGAAAACUGAAAAGUCUAGAGAAAUUUAAUUAUAUAUAUUAAAAUUGAUCAAUCUUUAAUAAUAUAUCUAAAGUUAAUCAUUUUUUAUACUGUGUCCUAUAAAAACUAGUUUGUAACAAAGUCUAAGAACAUCUUUAACAGUUUAUCUAUAAUACUAUCUUAAAAAUUUAUAUAGGGUAAACUCAUAUUGUAGAUUGAGUUUUUUGCACCUACUUCGGUAACUUACCUAAAUGCUCAUCUUUUAUUUUUUUUCUAUCUCUCUUUCUAUUGUGCAUAUAUACUUUAUAUUAAUUUCAUUUUCCCAUAGAAUAAUUCAAACUUCUAUGUUUCUACCGCAUACAAUUAAAUAACAUUUCAAAUCCAUUCACAAUUCUAUUCAACUACACCACACAUCAAAAUUUCCAAUUUGCAUUUAUCAUAGCAAUUAUAAAAAAAAUUACCUUGUGGGAAUUUAGUCGAAUAUAAUCUUGCGGGUGUCCACUUCAACUCUGGUCGGGGGCAAUAGCGAGGGCGAUGGAGGAUGUGACAGAGGCGCGGGAGCUUGUGUCGGCCGUGCGGCGGCUUGCAUCGGCCGAGCUCGCCACAGUUGGACGCAAUGCUGCAGAUGCAGAAAGACUCGAUGGUGAACCUCUAAUUGCUUCACAUGCACCAAUAUCGUUAGGCUCUGCAAGUACACACGCGUCAGCAAGCAUCAGCUUCAAAAGAUUAAGACCCAGUAUAUCCAAAGUUUGACAAGACUUGAAAGGAUAUAUAGAGAGGAAUACGAGGUAAAUGUCAGGUAUGUUAGGUUUUAUAUUUGCAAAAGUGAAUUAUUGGUAAAGUUCUUAGAUGGAAUGAGACACUUGAAGAGGCACACCGUAACUUGCAAGCGAAGGACUAGAGUAGCCAUGAAGCAGACGAUGCUGCAAUACAACCCUGACAGCUCUUUUUGUCAUUGGGAGUAUGACUCCGUCAAUGCUCGAAAGGAGCUAUGCUACUUCAUUGCAAGAGCGGAUCUACCACUUAACAUUGGUGAUGGAUAUGGUAAAAAUACUAUAAUGCGUGUCGUAUCAAGCUAAAAAAAUAUUGAAAACAUGUGCUAUGCUGUAUAAUAUUGUUGAAAUUACUACUCAUUUAAACAAAUAUGAAAAUUACAGUCUCUUAAGAGAUUGUAUAGUUCUUAUAAAAUCUAAAUUUUUAGGCCCCCUUUGGAUUGAAGGAAAUUCAUAGGAAUUAUGAGCUUGAAGUUUCAUUCAAAAAUUUAUAUCUAAAUUUUGAUGAGAACGUGUAAUUUUUUGAACUAGAUUAUACUUUUUUUUCCUUUCUAGGGAUCUCAUAAUUAGUUUUUAUCUAGAAAAGUUUUUAAUGAGACAACCAAAAUAUCAAUAAAGCUUAUUUCUAUUUUUAAUUAUGUGUCCAUAUUAUUUUUGAAUUAUUUUGAUUAUUUCUAUUUUUUGUCAAAAAUGACCCACUGCCCACUUGACAUAUAAAUAGGCCACCAGCCCACCAAAGCACCACCUACAAAACCACUCACAGCCGUACAUCUCUAAUUCUCUACUUGCUAGCUCUCUUUUGCUAUAAGGGAUCAAGACAUUGAGGUCUCGCGGCUAUGGUCAUCAAUAUGAUAAUAUUUUAAAAAAAUCUACAAAGGAAUAGACCGAAAAGAGACAAGAUUUGCUAAGUAUAAUAUAUGCAGCAGUGGAUAUGUGCAAGGUCUAUAAGUGGAAUAUGACACUUGAGGAAGCAAAUUACAUGUUGCAAGAAAAGAAAAUAUAAAGUUUCUAAUGAAAUCGUAUAAUUUUUGGAGCAUAGGUUGUAGUGUUCUUUCCUUCUAUAGAAUGUUUUUAACAAGACAACAAAUCAGUAAAGCUCAUUUUUAUCUAUUUUCCAUAAUGUUUCCUGAUGUAUUUGAAUUUUUGAGCUAUAGUUUUUGAAUUUUUCUAUUUUUGGUGGAAUUUUCCAAAAAGGGGCUGCGCCAAGCCCGUCAAGCAUGCCGUGGCCGCCAUGCCUUAGCCGUGUCCGAUUCGGCCCGGGACAUCGCGGUGCCUCACGAGCUGUGCCUGAGUUGAGCCUCCGGCAUGCGGGCAGACACGACACGACCCGAUAUAGCUACGCUUGACAGAUUGUGCCUAGGUGUGCUCGUGCUGGGUCGGCCCAUCAGGCCCACUUGGCCUGCAGUGGUAAAAAAAUUUCAAUUCAAAUAAUAUAAUUUGUAUUUUUAUUACUCAUUGUACAAAUCAUAUUUGUCUCUGAAAUUUUUUAGGGAGCUAGAUCAUAGUAUCCUCUAUGUCACCCAAUUUUUUGAGAAUUUUUCAUAAUUAUUUUGAUAGUGUUUUAAAUUUAAGAGCAAUGAAAUGCAAUUUUUAAAAAUUUUAAACCUGUUCUCCAUUGGAAGAGUCCUACUUGUGACAUGAGUCUUAGACAUGUGAUGUUUCAAAACGGAUAUCUAUUUUUAUAAUUUUUUGAUUUAAAAAUUUAAAUAUAAAAUUAUUUGUUUUUUAGGUGGGUGUCUCUGCUUUGUAGAUUGCACAUUCGAGAAUUUUUUUUUGCAUAUUUGCACUAGAAAAUUAACCGACACGCCGAGGGGAGACCUGGCGGUCACGCACAGCCCCCGACACAAAAGUGAAGAAGUCUGCCACGUCCAGCCAGCCAACCGAGUGCUCCACUUCUCUCACCGCCCUCCACGUCUCCCCUCUCCGCAGCUACGUGUCGCCAAGCUGAGCUCCCUCCAUCCAUGCAGAUGCAGAGCGGCAAACUAGUACUAGAACGAACCUCGCCUUCGUCCUGCUCUCCCUGGCAGAGACACAUCCGUACGGGCACUGACCAGGCUCAGCUUCCCCGUGACCUCCGACCAGCGCUGAGCAGGUGAGGCAAGCGAAGAGGCGAUGGAUCUGGUGAACGGCUUGCUCAAUUGGGUGGGGACGCCGGCCAUGGUGGCCAGCCUGCUGCUCUUCUACCCGCCCUACUACCUCUUCAAGACCUGCUACUCCUUCCUCUCCUGGCUCUUCCCCGAGGACCUCGCCCGCAAGGUCGUCCUCAUCACCGGCGCAUCCUCCGGCAUCGGCGAGCAAUUAGCCUACCAGUACGCGAUGAAGGGGGCCUCCCUGGUCCUAGUCGCAAGAAGGGAAUGGAACCUCCGACAGGUUGCCGAUCAAGCAUUCCAGCUCGGUGCACAUGAUGUGAUCAUUCUCCCAGGCGAUGUCGCUAACCCAGAUGAUUGCAACAGAUUUGUUCAGGCCACAAUCAGUCACUAUGGCCGAUUGGACCAUCUUGUAUGCAAUGCUGGCAUUGCCAGUGUAGGCGCUUUUGAGGAGAUUCCUGAUGUCAGGAACUACAGUUCUCAGCUUGAUGUGAACUUCUGGGGUUCAGUUCAAACAACCUUUGCUGCACUUCCUCAUCUUAGACAAAGCCGAGGAAGAAUCGUGGUCACUGCGUCUGCAACCGGGUGGAAUCCUGUUCCGAGAAUGAGCUUUUAUAACGCUGCCAAUGCCGCGCUGAUAAACUUCUUCGAGACGCUGCGGACGGAGCUAGGAAGUGAAGUUGGGAUCACAAUAGUGACGCCUGGGUGGAUCGAGUCCGAGAUGUCGAAAGGGAAAUUCCUGAAGGAGCAUGGCGAAGUCGAGGUUGAUCAGGAAAUGCGAGAUGCUCAAAUUGGGUUAUUCCCAGUGGAAUACGCGAAGAACUGCGCCAAGGCCAUGGUGCAAGCAGCUCGCCAAGGUGAGCACUAUCUCACCGUGCCGGCAUGGUUUAGGGCAAUGUACCUGUGGAGGGUGUUUGCGCCAGAGGUUGUCGAGAUCUGCUACCGCCUCCUGUACAUGCAUGGCCAUGACGCGAACCAAACCGAGGCUCUGAGCAAGAAGAUGGCCGAGGCUGGUGGGAAGCAUUUGUUGUACCCUACUUCGCUCCGCUCCGACGACAUCAAGAGCGACUGAAGUCGUGUGCGCGAACAGUGACUUCAUUGCACGCUCUUGAACAACUACUACUUUGCACACUUAUCUGUUCCAUGGAAUGAGUGAAGUACAAUGCUCUGAAACUGUUGUGGUGGUCCUGUGAUAGCGAAUAGUCCGUGAUAGAGAAUAAGCUAUCUUCAGGUGGUACUCUGUUUCAUACCGGUGAAGUUGCAUGCGAUUUAGUGCGCGUGUUUUAAGCUAUGAUUUUUC